ACUCACUUUCUAUUUACCUCAUUGAUUACUUGUAUUAUUUUCUGUUUUCUAUUAGUAUUAAGAGUAGUGAUACUAAUUUGCAUGACUAAUAGGUGCUGUAAUUGGCAUUCUUAUGAUUGGUUUAAUAGGUAUUUUCUUUUAUGGUUCGUGUUUUGGAUUGGGUUCAAUCUUGGCUAGGUAUGAUUUAAAUUUGGAGAUCAACAAGGUACUCUUCCAACUAUGGUUUUGAAAAGCGGUUGUGGUCGCCGUAAAGAUUGUGGUGACGCAGUGGUGGUUGCGGAAUGUAAAUGCUGUAGCGUAACGGUUGCGGACAUGGUGAAACAUGUAAGCGCGACGUUGAGGGAUAAGUACCUGGAGACCCACAUGCGCGCCGCUGCUGACGUUAGAUACAUAUAUUUCCCAGUGUGUUACAAAUCACACUGGACGCUGGUUGUUUACAACAUGGAAGAUGGUGUUUGGAAACAUUACAACUCGUUGAGGCCCCGUAACAACAGCAUAGACAUACACUACAAAGAAGCGAUGGUUUUGAGAGAUCAUGUGGUGACCUAUGUGAGGCGAACUUGUCAGGCAUCCAUACAUGGAGGCGUAGUUGACACACAGGAAGGAGAUGGACUUAUUGAAUCUAUCGUGGACUGCCCGCAACAGUGACCAGAUUGUAUGUACACCACAUUCCAAUCGAUAGGACAAUGAAAGACACCAACUGCAUCGGUGCACGUGCCGCGAUGGUUAGGGCAUUUGUGUGCGACCCCGUACGUGGAUUAAAAGAUGCUUCAAUUGUGUAGCAUGGAUUAAUUUAGUUAGUUUGUUUUGAUAUUAGUAGGUGGUUUUGAUGCCUUAUUUUUUGUGGUUUCAGAAUGUUUAUUUGAACAUAGGACGUGCAUGGUUUUGGAUACCUGCGACAUUUUUUACAUUUCCAUUUGGCAUGGUCGUAAAAGUAUUAUAGUUUGUUUU